GCCGGGCCGGCUCCGCGCGUGUGGCGGGGCCGGGCGGACACUCCGUCGGGCAUCGAGCGGGUGGCUGCCGCUUCUCUCCUUCUUUCUCUCCCUCCCUCCUCGGCUCCCCCUGCCCUCGACCCCCGCGCUGCCGGGCGGGCAGAGCCGCCCCGCCGAGUCUUAGCAUCUUUUUUCUCUCUUCAAAAUUAAGAAGCUUCUCUGAACUUCAGUUCACCCUCGAGCAUUUAGAGGUUUUGAGGCAGCCGGUGUUGAACCCUGCACCACCCCUGCACGACUGGAUUGAGGAACAAAGGCUGAAUUGACUUGCCUACAGCUAUAACUAAUUAAUACAAGGAUAGAAUUUGAACUUGGGACUUUGAACCAAGAGAAGAAUAAACAGAUGAAACACUGCAAAUGGAAACAUAAUGAACAGAUAAUAUAAACUUUAUAUUUCAAGCAUAAACUACUACCCUAAUACAGAAAUCAUCUUUUUGUAAUUGCCUUUAGGCAAGUAGGCAGCCUAAAAAGCUGCUUCUUACUGAAAACAUGAACUGGUUAGACCAGAUCAUUACCUUACUUGCCAGUUUUGUCUGUGCUGCAUUACCCCCAUUAAGCUUGUUGCUUCUGAGAAAAUUCCUAAAGACAAAUUGGAAUUAAAAUUAAAUUUUCAAAUAACUGAAGUUCAUAUAAAGAGAACCAGGCAAAUUACACUUCAUCUUGAAAAGCUGCAGCAAAAUCAUGUUAGAGAUUUCCUUUACUUAUCUCCCACAUAGAUUAUUGGUGUGAGUCACUCAGAGCACUUGUAGGAAAUGUGGGAAUGGAGCUGACUCAAAGACAAGUGAUUGGCAUCAUUUUAUGGGAUGUCACCAACUGCAGCUUCAUUAAAUGGCAUUUUUUUCUCUGUCUUGGUCAAAUGUUAAUUUUUAUUGCAGUUUAGUCUGAGCAUAGCAUAAAUGUGUUUUUUGGUUUUGGCAAGUUCUCUGGAUCUCAAGGGCCGUCAUCUUUACUUUUUUGAUGUAAAGGACAAUGGAUCUCAAAGCACAGUUUUCCCUUGCUUCUCUAAGUUGCAUUCUGUUGGGGUGGUAGCACUCACACAGUUGCUGCCCUACUUCAGUUUUGUGCAUUCUGGGAGAACAGUGCAGUCCUGUAACAAGAUUUGGGAUUUGCCCCCCCCUUUCUGGAAAUUCCUUUGGAAAUAAUUUUGGAAAGAAUUUAAUGAAUUGCAGUAUCUAGCAUUUUCAGUCAAUGCCUUUGUGUCACUGAUGAAAAUUGAGAGGUAGGAAGUUUUUAGUGGCAUUUCUGUAUAACUUUAAGCAACUUCAGACUUUCAUAAUGAAAAUUUUUCGUUUCUAAGCUGGCCAAGUUAAAAAGCAAAGAGAAAUUCUCUUAGUAUUCUGGGCUUCUAAAUGUCUUCUGGACUGGAUGUUGUUUGAAUUGAGUUUCUUUGCCUUAACUGUCUUGUUUGCUCUGCUGUUUGUGAUUCAUUUGAAUGUGAACUAGCCAGCACUUGAAUAAUGGAAAACCUAAAGUAAAUAAGUGACAGUGCAUGCUAGAGAAUCAAAAGGCCCUACAAUGAGCCGUGGUGCUCUUCAGAACAAUUUAAAUAUCUUUCUGUAAACAAACUGUUGAAUGAAGAGUGGUUGAAUGGAAGCUGAAAAGCUUGACUCAUUCAAGUUUGGGACAUUGAAAGUCUAGACUAGAUUUAAGUGUUAUUACUUUGAAGUCCUUAGAAGAGGGGUAGAAGAAUGUUUUUAAAAGGGCUUUCUUUACCUUUGCAUAGGGUUUAUAAUUUAAUCUAGGGUUUGGAGGAUUAAACUGGGUUUAUUCUCAUUGUGGCAGAGUUAGACCUUGUUACAUUGUCCCAUGCAGGACAAUUUGUUAAAGGUUAGUAGUUUGUCUCUUUUCCCCUAAAGUGAAAGAUGCUUUAGAUUGUAGAUGCCAAUUCUGUAAAUAACAAACAACAGGAAAUUUGUAGAAUGACUGAAAGCGGUUUUUGAACAUGACUUAAGUUUCAGAUUCUUUCAUCAUAUUGGUGUGUUUUUCCUAAUAGAAGAGGUCUUUGUAUUUUAACCAGAAGCCAGAACUGUCCUACAGAACACCUACUUUCAGAAGGAAUGCAGGCAGAUACUGUGAAUAAGGACACUGAACCCAAAGAUCCAUAUCCCUUUCCAAGAAAGAUUAUGGCUGAACCAGACUACAUAGACGAUGACAAUCCUGAGUUAAUUAGACCUCAGAAAUUAAUUAAUCCUGUGAAGUCAUCCCGGAAUCAUCAAGAUCUCCAUAGAGAGCUACUUAUGAAUCAGAAAAGGGGUCUUGCACCUCAGAACAAACCAGAGCUACAGAAGGUGAUGGAGAAAAGGAAACGAGAUCAAGUUAUUAAACAACAAAAAGAAGAGGAAGCACAAAAGAAGAAAUCAGACCUGGAAAUAGAGCUACUGAAACGACAGCAGAAACUGGAGCAGCUGGAACUGGAGAAACAGAAGAUACAGGAAGAGCAGGAAAAUGCACCUGAAUUUGUCAAAGUCAAGGGCAACUUGAGGAGGACGGUCCAGGAAGCAACAGAAGCACCGGACUCCUAGAGCCAGCGCCUGCUAAGACUUCCAGCUUUCCUGCAGAGAGAGGCUUUUGCAAGUUGUCUCACAUUUGCUCCUCAAGAGGGAAAAUAAGAGCAUCCAGCUGACACUUACUGAAGAUGAGAUUUUUAAUUCCUGGGACGUGUGGAUUAAAAAGACAGUAUCGUAAACAGAUCGACUUGCCAAAUAUAGUCCUGAGAUCAAUGGAUAAAGAGUGUCUUUGUCAGUUCAGUGUCAUGGACCAGGCUGACGUGCUUACUCAGAGAUUUUAACCAGGGAUACUAGAGAAUCUCCUUCAGUGUUGCACUGCUUUAACUCUUGUGAUCCUAGUUGAGUGGAGAUACACAGAUUAUAUUUUGCUUUAAAACAGAACAAAAAUCCUCCUGUGAUAUCUUAUGAAGCUUUGCUGUGCAGGUAGAUUUCCUCCAUCUAGACCUACAGCCUGUGCAUAUCCCAGAAUAAUUUGUGUUUAGUUGGAAUUUUUAUCAAAUCUAGGAAGAUACAAGGUAUGUUGAUCACUGCUGCCCAUCCCCACUAGGAUAGGCAGGUAUGGGCAAGAUGGAAAUGCUUAAAAUUCACCAGCAGUGAAAAGUUAAGCAGCCUUAAAGCCCAUUUGCUGUUUGGCAUGUGGAAUUUGGGCUAUGAAAGAGCAGAAAUCUGAUGAUCCUUUCACCAGGGAAACUCCAGAAGCUGAUGUAUCUCUGUCUUAUAACUUACGCUGUUGUGAACAGGCCUGUGCAGUGCUACCUGUGAAUUUACCUCUCAAAGCAAAAUGACCUGUCUUCUACUUUCUGUGUUUUGAAAUCCUGCUUACUUUGGUGUUGUGGCCUUUCUCCUGCAAGGACAUGCUGAACUGAGUACAGUGUUAACACAUUACUUGGGAGUGUUUAAACUCAUUUGCUGGAACUGAAAUCAGGAAUCCUAUCUGCCAUCAGUUCCUGAUCUUUGCUUGCUGGAACAUGUUGCAGUUUCUGCAGCAGAGCAGUGUCUAAACCAGAACAAACUGAUCAUUGGAAUAUACUGAAAUGGAAUUUUUUUCCCCAAAGUGAGGCAUAAAAUGAAAUUCAUUUUAUCCCAUCUUUCCUUCAGCCUCAGGAAGGAAGGCAAAUGUGUUACCACUGAGUCUUCAGGUCCAAUUCUGUCAUCUUCUGCCUUUCCACAAGUUGCCCCCGUGACUUGCCAUUAAAUAAAAUAUUCCUCAGCUUGCACAGGGAUGACAGAAUCUGAACCUUCAUGCUUAUGACUACUAGUUAUCCAGGAAAGCCUGGGAGGAGGAGUGGGGAACAGAUUGCCCAUGUAGGAUUACAGAAUUGGAUUCUUACCUGGUGUGAUUGGGUGCAGAUAUCUGGGGAGAAAUCCUCAUCUUUCUUGUUCUGCACAGUCCUAGCUUUCACUGAAGCUGUGUUCAUCCAUAUCAGCUGAGGAUGUAAUCCCUAGCCUUUGCCUUAGGAUGCUAAACACAAUAAUUUCUACUUUGUAAUUACAUUGGACAUAACUGUUUGAAAACACUUUUUAUUAAUAUCAACAGUGGUGUGUUUGUAUUGUAAAGGUGGUAGGGGAGGGCUUGUUGGUUUGUUUUCUGAAUUGCUUUUCCUGUAAGUAUUGGACAUUUUUAAUACAGUUUCAGCCUAACACUUAGGACAAAAUGCUCACAAUUAGGAAUGUUUCCUAGAUACAGACUUUAAUUUGUCAAGAUACAGGCAUUUUUUUAUGACGACAUAAUCAGAUUGAGAGUAAAUUGAAUUGUGAUAAGCGUAUUGCCAUUGAUUUAGACUUGCAGUGUGACUCACAUCUAGAAGAUUAAAUGUGAAGAUUGUCUAACAGACUGUUCAGAUUAUGGACAUACAAAAGACAAAGGCCAAACGUAGGACUCUUCCAUGUAUUUUCUCAACAAAGGAGCACCCUGAAUGCUGCAGGUUCUUCACUCUCUCCUUCCCUUCUCCUGGCAGGAGAGGAUCUUCUUUUCUGGCAGCACAUUAUUCAAACACUUGCACUGAUUGAGUUUGUUUCAUGUUGUUGAGACAGCACUACAUAGGAGCCUUCCACACCACGCUCAUGCUUUGUCUUGGCCACUCUCAGCCUACCAAACAUCAGUCUCUUGCUUUCAACUCCAUGUUAACCUUCUGCUCAGUAUGGAAAAGCCCAGAAGUCAGUGAGGAAAUCCUCCUCUGGCUUGAGCAGACCAUUCCUUGUCAGCCACUUCCCCUUGCUGAACAUGGCACUCCUACCGCAUGUGCACAGUCAAAUGAAGUCGGUGGCACUGGGGUUGGUGGGGGACAGAGACCUUUUUUUGGCUUCAGCAGGUGUUUUGGAUUGGGCCCCUCAAGGCUGAGGGCAUUCUGCUUUCUCCCCCAGCUAGGUUGAGAUUCAGGGUAGAGUUUCUCUUUCUGAAACACAGGAGGCCAGAAAACUCCCUUGUACAUACAGCAUGAAGUUGUUUUUUUUGUUUUUCAGUGGAAUUAAUUCUCCGUGUGAACAGAACAUCAAUGUGUGUGUUUAAACAUCUUUGAAUCCUGCUAACCCUUUAGCCUAGGAACCCCAGCCACUUCCAUGUCAUUUUGACAGGCAAAAGCUUGUCUUUAAAGUCAGGAUUGGGCAACCCUUAAGUGGGGGGCCAGCUAGUCACACCACAAGUGUCCUGUGCGGCUACUCAAGUAAGAAACUGCUUGCCAGCGAGCGUAAGCAAUUCCUGCUCUGCCCUUUAGCUAUGUGGGUUUUUGAAGCAAUCCAACAAAUACUUCAGUGAUUUGAAAAUUGCUCACUUACCACUUUGUACUUUUUUAAAACUCUUGCUUUUGAUAGUAUAGUAGUAGAUUUUUUAGCAUUUUUGUGGCUUUAACCUUCUGUUAAUAUCUGCACUUGUUUGAGUGUACAUAUAUAAAUAUAUAUAAAUAUAAAAAGGGAGCCUUAAUGGAUUUGUUUUCAUAAUUUAAUAUUUUUUGUAUUUGCUCUUGUAUAAUUGUUUUUAACUAAAGGUAUUAUGAGAAUGAGGGUGGAAUACUUAGAACCAAAGUUAUGCUUAAUAAAAUCUACUACAUGCUUGGUGUA